AUGAGUUGUGAAACCAAGUCUACCCGUGGUCGUGGUCGGGGCCGGGGCAUUAAGCCAUAUAAUCCGGGUAUGACUUCAUCUGACGAUGCUGUAAGACUUCCUGUCGAGCCCGGGAUUCUGCCCCAGACUUCGAGGCUAGUUACCGGUGAUCGUUCAAAAACCACGUCACCAGGAUUGUCCUUGCGUUCAAGUGCGCUCGAAUGCGGGAAUCCUUCCCCAGAUGAUCAAGCGUCCACUUCGACCAGUGACGACAUGAUGAAUGAACAUCGAAUCGGAACGAAGCACGGGACGUCGGGCGUUGUGGUCUCCUUGAGGGCCAAUUACAUUAAAUUGGAGGAGACGAAGCUUCAGAGUCUUGUGGAAUAUCGCUUGGAUAUCGUCCCACCCGUGGACUCUCGCGCGAUGCGUAUGAAGAUCUGGCGCGGUGUUCGUGGAAGCCUGGGUCCUAAUUACAAGCUCUACGAUGGCGGCAACAAAGUCAUCACGCUGACCGAGUUGGAAUUGAAUUCUGAUGCGAAACGGGAAUUACAUGCCACGGUGAACGAAACAAUUCAUAAGGUCGUCAUCAAGCAAACGCGGGUCAUUCCGAAGGGUUCCAUCGACGCUUUGGCGAUUUACGGAGUGCUGCUGAAACGUAGUAUGCAGUCGGUGAAUUUGCAGCCAGUCGGAAGCGCCAAAGACAACCAGUUCAUUGACAAGUCGCGUCUCCGGGCAUUUGAGCAGCACAUGACGGAAAUGGCACCCGGGUUCAUCAACGUUGUGCAACAGAGAGAAGACGCACUCAUGCUCAGAAUCUUCCCAUUCCACAAAUUCUUCCGCACCGACACCUGUUACGAUCAAAUGGUCCGCAUUAAAGGCACGUUGAAGGACGAAGAAGAACACCAUUUUGAGCAACGAGCCCGAGAUCGACGUAGAGGAGUCGAAUUUUUGCGCUUGAUUCCCGAGGUUUGCAACAUGACAGGGAUAAGCGAGCAGAUGAAGAAGGACUUCCGAACGAUGCAUGACGUGUCGUCCACUUUGAAGCGAAAUCCCGAACAAAUGCGGAAAGAAGUGAGGGAUCUUUUGGAAAAGCUGCGGGAAAAUCCGAGUGUUCAAGAAGAUUUCAAGACUUUCAACCUGAAGAUUGAUGCAGAUUUGAUGAAACUAGAAGGGAGAAAAUUGGACGCACAUCCAGUUGUUGGUGCUGAAAGCAGAGUUGUUGUGCAGAGAAAUGGGGAUUGGGGAGUUGGAUUGCGGGAUUCCAAACUGUAUCGUACCGUGGACCUGAAAAACUGGUGUCUGAUUUUUUUGCGGUCGGACGAUUCAGUCGCCAGGAACUUCGCGGAGAAUCUGCAACGUGCGGCUCGAGGUUUUGGGGGUUCUGUGAAGCCACCUACGCUGAAAUCUGUGGUCGAUUCCCGUGCAUCCAGCUUUCUAGAAGCCNUCGAUUCCCGUGCAUCCAGCUUUCUAGAAGCCGUGGAUAGAACCCUGGAUCUCCAGUUCGAUUUGAUUACCGUCAUUGUGCCAGAUUCUCAGUGA